AUGAUGUUCAAGGAGAAAACCCAUAAGAGGAGGGGAGAGGAGCAAUUCAAGGGGCAAACCACGAGGUGGAACAAUAGCUCGGAGGAGAAAAAGAGCUGGGCAGUGCCAGCGAGGGGCGCCCAUGAUGGGUAUGGUCUAAAUGGCAACGCCAUUGGGGCCAUUGAUCUGAGCAAAAUUGGAGGCUACAUCGUGUCGAGCCAAGCGCUAGGUGACACCAACGAGGCGCUGGGUGGCGCCUUACGUGGUUCUUUCGAUGCUUCAAAAGGUGGCGUGUUGGAGUGGAUCCAAUCGUUGGGUGACGCUAGUGAUGUAUUGGGCAGUGCCAGCAUGCUAGACGACAUCGACAGGUUGAAUGGGUCUAGCGAGCAUAUGAGACUAAGAAGUAGCUGGGGCGAAGCUAGAGUAGCUAAGUCCACGAGCAACACUGGAAGGGAGAAUAGCGCCACUCAGGGUGACGUCUGUAUGUUGGGGUCGUUGGGUGGUGUCAGGCAUACACUGGGCACACCAAGCAAACGCUGUAGGUUGGGCACCGGUCAUGACAGUCUGGGCGGCACCAGUGGUGAGAUUUCUCAAGGUGAGGUGGCCACCUGA